UAGGGUGGUGUAGUUCCAUAAAUACCCUUCUCUCUCUCUCUCUAUCUGCAACAAGUUCCAACAACAAAACAUGACCGAGUGACUCCAAACAACACGAUCUGUACCUUUUUAAUCUCCUCAGGUUUUAACGGUCAACUAUGGGAAGAUCCACCUCAUCUUGUUUCAAGAUCAUUUCUUGUGGAUGUAUCAAUGAAUCUGUUGAUCAGACUCAUGUUUCUUCACAGAACAAAGGUCAUAAUAAACCGGGGUGGAGUCUUGGGAGAAAAUCAUCCCCAAGUCAAGUGCCAAGCAACGCAGUCGUUACCGAAAAGAUAUCUUCUACAUCGAGUAAAGAGAUCCCAGAACCAAUUACUAUCAGUUCUGAACCGCAAAUUACUUCUAACAUAUCGGAAAAAACUCCUGACAAUAUAUGGACAGAAGAAGCGCGAAACUCGAUUACCAAAAAUGCUGCAGUUUCAGCUACGGCUACCAAGACCGCUAGUGAAGAAGAUGAUGUUAAAUGUGAACCCGUUCCUGAUGAAUCUGAAUCUGAAUAUGAAUCAGCCGUUUUUGUGAUCCAGGCUGCUGUUAGGAGAUUCUUGGCUGAGAGACAACUGGUCAAACAUAAAAAUGUGGUCAAACUGCAAGCGGCUGUGAGAGGACAUUUGGUUCGGAGUCAUGCUGUGGGAACUUUGCGUUGUGUUCAAGCCAUUGUCAAGAUGCAAGCUCUUGUUCGUGCUCGCAGAGAAAAGGGAGUGCAAAACGCGGGAAUUAACGCAACUCCAACGCAUGUUUCCAUUGAGAAGCUACUAAGUAACCGACUCGCUCGCCAGCUACUGGAAUCUACUCCGAAGACAAAACAAAUCAACAUCAAAUGCGAUCCAUCAAAAUCCGACUCAGCUUGGAACUGGUUGGAGCGAUGGAUGUCUGUGUCUGCACCGGAAACUCUGCAGCCUCACACACCAGAUCAUGUUCAGGACAAAGUUGUCAAUUUCACUGAAAGUGAGGUCAAAAUGGUAAUUUCCGCAAAUAAUUUCGGGGAAGCAACGGUGCGGUAUGAAGAAAAAGAGAAUUUGAUUAACAUCGAAGAAGAUUCCAAUGUAAAAACCCAUGAAGAAGAGCCCAUAUCAGAAUCAGUGGUGAUACCUGAAUCAGAAACCAAACCCAUACCCAUACCCGAGAAUCCAGUGUCAGAUACCAAACCCGAACCCGAACGCAUACCCGAAGAUCCAGAAUCAGAAACCGAACCCAAACCAAUUCCCGAGAAUCCAGUAUCAGAAACCGAGCCCAAACCUAUACCCGAGAAUCCAGUAUCAGAAACCAAACCCGAACCUGAACCUGAACCUGAACCUGAACCUGAACCGAUACCCGAGAAUCCAGUAUCAGAAACUGAACUGGAACACGCAGCCAAACAGCAUGCAACAGACCAAACAGAUCCAGAGGAAAGGAAAAACGUGUUUGGAUCAAGAAAAGCGAUCAACCCGGCAUUUAUUGCGGCUCAGUCAAGGUUUGAGGAGUUAACUUCACCUAAGACCAACCCAUUGAAGUCACCCAAUUCUGUUAAACAAGAUGAUGAGCCCGGUUCAGGUUCCGGUCCACCUGCAGAUAUCGGUUCUGAUAAAAACGAUACGGCAAGUACAUUUUCACCAGCAGACGUCGGUUCAUCUGACCUGCGGAAACCAGAUAACGAGGUAGUUGCGUGUGCAGACGUUGGCUCUACGGCUCCUGGACAAGCAAUGUUGGUGACAGAUGCUGAACCACGUGUGGUUCAGAAUGGUGGUUCGGAAUGUGGAACCGAGCUGUCGAUCACAUCCACGCUUGACUCGCCUGAUCAGUUUAAAACUGAAAACAAGAAAUCCGAGGAAGUGAAAGUUUUAAAUGACGCGGUUGAUAAUGAAGAUAAUAGCAUAGACAUUGCGGUGCCUGAAAAACAAGUUGACGAAAAGCUCGAUGACACUGACACUGAGCUGGAGCCCGUGUCUAACGAGCACGAACCGCCUUUCCAGUCCUCCGUAUCAGAAUCUCCACAAAGCCACAUGACAAACCUUGAGUCACAAGGAACGCCGUCUAGCCAGAUCUCUACCACAAGUAAGAAAAAUAGAUCGGAUAAAAAGGUAUCGAGUCAAACACAAACACGAAAGUCGUGGUCAUAUAGUAAAAAGUCAAGCCCUGUAAGCUCAAGUGUGGAUUCUGGAUUAAGAAGUAGUUUGGAACAGUUGCCUAAAGACCCAAAGCCCGUGAAGCGAAGACUUGCUACUGGUUCGCCGAAACCCGAUCACAGUGAUCAUGAACCGUCGGUCCCGGGAUAUAUGCAGGCGACUGAAUCUGCACGAGCGAAAGCGGUCGCUACCAGCUCCCCGAGGUCGAGCCCAGAUGUGCAUGAUAAGGAAACGUAUUCGAAAAAGAGACAUUCGUUACCUAGUGCGGUUAACAGUAGGCACGAUUCGCCUCGUAUGCAGAGGUCAUUGACUCAGGCAUUACAAACCACAAAAGGCAAUGGCAAUCAAGAAAGGAAAUGGUUGAGAUAAAGUUGUAAAGGAGGAGCAAACACAGAUGGGAUAAUAUGUAAGAAAAAUAGAGUUUGAUUUGUUUGACAGGUAACUAUGACAUUUUUUUUUGAUCUGUUUGGUGAGAUUAAAUCGAGCGGUUAUCGGUUAUUUGGUAGUGCAAGGAGAGUGUGGUUAUUGUUUUGUAUAAGCUUCUUGAAACAAUGGUUUGGUUGUGUGUUGUUUGAAACAGGGUUUGGUAAUUAUAUUUGGUUUAAACAUGAGAUAUAUAGUAUUGUUGAUUGUAUAAACAUA